AUGGCGUCUCUGCAACUCUGCGACUGCUCCUCCAACGGAUAUCUCCUCUUCAAGCCCUCCGUCUCUCCUCGGCUACUCCCUCAACGCAUCUCUCACCGCUUCAUCCCUAAGGCCUCCGUUUCUCCACCAUCAUCACCAUCUUCGUCUUCGUCUUCCUCCUUGUCUCUUAAUCGGAGGCAGCUUCUGUACCAAUCCGCGGCAGUAUCAGUCUCGCUUUCUUCCAUUAUCGGACCGGUGAAAGAAGCGAAAGCUGAAGAACAGUUAUCCGAAUGGGAAAGAGUGCUCCUCCCCAUUGAUCCCGGCGUCGUUCUUCUCGACAUUGCUUUCGUCCCCGACGAUCCCAACCGCGGGUUUUUACUGGGAACGAGGCAGACUCUGUUAGAGACCAAAGACGGUGGAAACAGUUGGGCUCCACGCUCAAUCGCUUCAGCUGAAGAAGAGGAUUUCAAUUACAGAUUUAAUUCAAUCAGCUUCAAAGGCAAACAAGGAUGGAUCAUCGGCAAGCCUAACAUCUUACUGUACACUGGUGACGCCGGAGAGAAUUGGGAUCGGAUUCCACUCAGUUCUCAGCUCCCCGGAGAUAUGGUGUUUAUAGAGGCGACUGGAGAUAAGAGUGCAGAGAUGGUUACAGAUGAAGGUGCUAUCUAUGUUACUUCAAACAGGGGAUAUAACUGGAAAGCUGCUAUUCAGGAAACCGUCUCAGCUACUUUGAACAGAACAGUCUCGAGUGGAAUCAGUGGUGCUAGUUACUACACGGGAACUUUCAGUGCCGUGAAUCGGUCACCAGAGGGAAAAUAUGUGGCUGUCUCGAGCCGUGGUAACUUCUUUCUGACAUGGGAGCCUGGCCAGCCUUACUGGCAACCACACAAUAGAGCAGUUGCACGAAGAAUUCAGAACAUGGGGUGGAGAGCUGAUGGUGGUCUUUGGCUUCUUGUUCGUGGUGGUGGACUUUAUCUUAGCAAAGGCACUGGGAUCACAGAGGACUUUGAAGAAGUUCCAGUACAAAGCCGUGGCUUUGGCAUCCUAGAUGUUGGUUAUCGCUCAGAGGAAGAAGCAUGGGCAGCAGGAGGCAGUGGCAUUCUACUGAAAACAAGAAAUGGAGGCAAGUCAUGGAACCGUGACAAAGCUGCUGAUAACAUCGCUGCUAAUCUUUACGCUGUCAAAUUUGUUGAUGACAAGAAAGGGUUUGUGCUUGGCAACGAUGGAGUCUUGCUCCGAUAUGUUGGAUGA